AUGUCAAACGCCAGUGACAACAGCACAGCCUCGAGCCUCAGCCCUGCGAGCCGUAACCCCUACGGCCACGGCAAUGGGGUUAGCGAUUUUCUGAGUAAUGUCUCGCGUUUCAAGAUCAUCGAGAGUACGCUGCGCGAGGGCGAGCAGUUUGCCAAUGCUUUCUUCGACACGGAGAAGAAGAUUGAGAUUGCCAGGGCACUAGAUGAUUUCGGGGUCGAUUAUAUUGAACUCACAAACCCCUGUGCCUCGGAGCAGUCGAGGCUUGACUGCGAGGCUAUCUGCAAGUUGGAUCUUAAGGCCAAGAUUUUGACCCAUAUUCGGUGCCAUAUGGACGAUGCACGUAUUGCCGUGGCCACGGGCGUCGAUGGCGUCGACGUGAUGAUCGGAACUUCGUCUCUCAUGCGCCAGCAUUCCCAUGGCAAGGACAUUGAAUACAUCAAGAAGACCGCCAUUGAAGUAAUUAACUUCGUCAAGUCGCAAGGGAUCGAAGUCCGCUUCUCAACAGAGGACUCCUUCCGCUCAGAUUUGGUAGAUCUCCUCUCAAUCUACUCUGCCGUCGACGAAGUUGGCGUGGACCGAGUCGGCGUUGCCGACACAAUUGGCUGUGCAUCCCCACGACAGGUAUAUGAGCUUAUUCGCGUCCUCCGCGGCGUAGUUAGUUGCGAUAUCGAGACCCAUUUCCACGACGAUGCUGGAUGCGCAAUUGCAAAUGCGUAUUGUGCCCUGGAAGCUGGUGCAACGCACAUCGACACUUCAGUGCUGGGGAUCGGUGAGAGGAAUGGUAUUACUCCGCUCGGAGGCCUGAUGGCCCGGAUGGUUGCCACGCAUCCGGAAUAUGUGAAGUCUAAGUACCGGCUGAAUAAGAUCAAGGAUCUGGAGGAUCUUGUUGCUGAGGCUGUGGAAAUUAAUAUCCCGUUCAACAACUAUAUCACGGGCUUCUGCGCGUUCACUCAUAAGGCCGGUAUUCAUGCUAAGGCCAUCCUCAAUGACCCCAGUACCUACGAAAUCAUCAACCCCGUGGAUUUUGGCAUGACCCGCUACGUGCAUUUUGCGUCACGGUUGACUGGAUGGAACGCUAUUCGAUCCAGGGCGCAGCAGUUGAACAUCAAGAUGACCGACAAGCAAUACAAAGAGUGCACGGUUAAAAUCAAGGCUUUGGCCGAUAUCCGCCCGAUUGCGAUCGAUGAUGCCGAUAGUAUCAUCCGGGCAUACUAUCGAAAUAUUCAGUCGGGCGAGGACAGUCCGUUGAUGGAUCUCACUGCAGACGAAGCAGCGCAAUUUGUGGCGAAGGAAAAGGAGCUCGGAGACGUCGUAAGUGCCUAA